AUGCGUCAACUGCUUCUUGUGGUGACUGGAACCUUUGACCACGCAGUCUGUUUUUAAUUUUCGGAAAAGUAAAGAAAUCGUUAGGACUUAGAUCGGGACUACAUGGAGGAUGGUCCAAUAACUCCACGUUUUCUUCCGUUCAACACUGCCUUGCUUUUUGGGCUGUGUGCGAGCUUGCAUUGUCUUGGUGGAGGAUGAUUCUUCUUUCGGGGUCGAUUUUUCGAAGCUCGGUGGUGACUCUUGGCAAACAAAUGGUGGUAUACCAAUCCGAAGUAGCAGUUCUUUGCUCAUUAACAGGAAUUGCGCAAUAUGACCCGCUUUUGACUCAACCUUUCUGCUCGUCAGCAACAGGUGGGGUAUCCAACGGGAAACUAAUUUUCUGACUCCU